GAAUGGCGUCAGUUCCUUCCAUUGGUUGCCUGCUGGCCAGAAAUCAGUAUUAUCGAAAGGCCAGCAUUUCUUCAGUUAGCUCUUUAAGCGGCUCUGAUUCUGUUAACGUCAUACCUGAUGACAAAUCCCAACAAGAGUUACCAAAAGUGGCAGAAUCCGACUGGUGGUUUAAAUCCUUUUUCCAUUCUGAACCGGAGCUUUCAGAUGUAAGAAAAAAAAGAUCUGUCUGCCAGUAGCUCUCAUAGUUGAUUCUGACGAUCCAGAAGAUCCUGCCUGCUGAGCUGCUGUAUCUGUGAAGCACACCUUUCAG